AUGAAUGCAGUAUCUCCUACAUAAUUCCUAAAAUCAGAUAAUGAAUGCUAGAUCAUAGAUGUGAACAUGAGAAUCGAAGAUGAAUUGUUCACCUCCAACGAUCUUAAAGAUCCUUAUAAUUUAAUAAAUUUGACAAGCAAUUAAACUCCUGCGGUCUCACCUAUAACUCAUUCAUAUUUUUCUCAGCUUUACAAGGAUUACACAUUCACAAAUGCUUUGGAUUUUGAUUAUUUCCAAAGACAGUCCUUAGAUGCAAAGACUUUAUGCAAAUUUGAAGACAUUCACAAUAAGUUGAAUGAUAAAAUUUCAAUUAGAGCAUCAGUAAUAGAAGAAUAAUGUUUAUGGCCAAAAGAACAAGAAAUCAAAAGGAAUCAAUUAGAAUCAUAGAUUUUAGGACACUAGGAGUAAUUGCUUGAUACAAAACUAGAAGAUUCUAAUUACUUCGAUACUAAAUUUUUCAAAUAUUUAAUGGAAAAGAAGAAUGAAGAUUAAAGCAGCAAACUUAAGCCGUUUACUCUAGACAAAUCUCAAAAGUCUUAAUUAGAGACUCUUAAAAGAGAGAUUUAAACUCUAAUGGGGGAUAAAAGACUAGACGUUCUUUUAAAAUCAACCCUGAGGAAAAUCAGACUCUAUUAUCUUAAGAGUUUUCAAAAAAAGACAGAUUAUAUGAGAUUGAAGAAAAAAUAGGAUGAUAAUUUCCUAGAUCAAUGUUUAAGCACUUACAUUGACUCACUCAAUUUUAACUUUAUGGAGUGCAAAGACUCUUCACUAAAAGAAGAACUAAAGGAGGAAAUGAUCCUAUUUUUGAAUGCAAUGUUCUAUUCAAGUAGGACAAAAAUUACUCAUAAAUGCUAGAUGGACCAUUUCAUAAUUAAAAUAAUCAAAAAUGGACUCUACACAUUUUGUGAGUAAAAUUUGAUCAGAUUAUUUGGAGUUAAUGCCUUUCUUAUACUUCUGGAGCAUUUUUUCUCACUUUAUGAUUCAAAAUAGGAUCAGAAGUUGCAUUAAAUCAUUGAGAAAGACAAGAUGCUCAAUUUUGGGGUAUGCCACCUCAAAAGAUUGUUUAGUCUAAUAACAAAUUAAAAUGUCCACUUAGUACUAUUAAACCCAUGA